CUUUGUUUGAGCUCUCGUCUACGAAGCAACACAGAAAACCGGGACUGUUUACAACUGUUAAAAAGGCUUCAAGCGCUUUUUUUUUUGCCUCUAAACCAAGCGACUGGAUAUAACGAGCAACAACUGUAAUACACGCAGACUAAAGUGCAGCCGCUGCAGAGUUUGUUUCGGAGGAUAAAGGAGCCAGCCAUGCCUGUGACGAGGGGGAAGAAACCCACAGGGUCCGCUGGGAGCAAGAUACCCAAGCUAAAUGCAACAAAGAAUGAAAACCAGGAUGAAGGCCCUCAGGUGAAGAGGUCCUCCUCCCCUCCCAAUGGAGCCCCAAAGAAGAGGCCUGCUUUUAUUGACAUCACCAAUGCUGUCGGUCAGUGUCUGUCAGAUUAUCGGCCCAACAGUGACGGCAGCUUCAGGACAGCUCAUAAGGUUCAGAUCUGUCUUCCAGGGAGGAAGAAGGAGGCAGUGAAGAAGCAGGUGAAGAAACCAAGCGCCGCCUCAGUGUCUGCGAAAAAUCAGGCCAACCUGCAAAAGUCUUCGUCUGUGAGCUCAGAGGAGGCACUCCCUGAGAAAGAGAAGACCGAUGCAGAGGAGGAGAAGGAAGAGGAGGUGCAGAAGGAUGAGGCAGCUCCAGUGGAAGAGCUGGUGGCUGCUGCGCCCUCUGCUGCCCGGGAAGUGCCAGCACACCUUCAGAGGCAAAAAAUCCCAGAGGAGUUUGACAUCGACUCUGAGAACUCUGAGGACUGUUACAUGUGUCCGGAGUAUGCAAAGGACAUCUUCGACUACCUGAAAAAGAGAGAGGAGAAGUUUGUCCUCUGUAACUACAUGCCCAAACAGCCCAGCCUCAAUGCAGAGAUGAGAGCAAUCCUGAUUGACUGGCUGGUGGAAGUGCAGGAAAACUUUGAGCUGUACCAUGAGACACUGUACCUGGCUGUAAAGAUGGCAGACCACUACCUCUCCAAGACUCCGGUCCACAGGGAGAUGCUGCAGCUCGUCGGCUCCACCGCCAUGCUCAUAGCCUCCAAAUUUGAGGAGCGGAGUCCGCCUUGUGUCGACGACUUUCUUUAUAUUUGUGAUGAUGCGUACAAGAGGGAGGAGCUCAUCUCCAUGGAGGCCAACAUCCUGCAGGCUCUUUCCUUUGACAUCAACAUCCCCAUUCCCUAUCGGUUCCUCAGACGCUAUGCCAAGUGUGUGAGUGCUGGCAUGGACACGCUGACUCUGGCUCGGUACUACUGCGAGAUGAGUCUCAUGGAGAUGGAGCUGGUUCCUGAGAGAGGCUCGCUGCUCGCCUCAGCCUGCCUGCUGAUGGCGCUGGUCACCAAAGACCUGGGAGGAUGGAGUCCCAUCCUGCAGUUCCACUCCGGCUAUCAGACGUCAGAUUUGGCGCCCGUUGUCAGAAAGCUCUACGAGAUGCUUUUAGCUCCUCCGGAUGACAAACUGAGAGCCAUCAGAAACAAAUACUCACACAAGGUGUUUUUCGAAGUUGCAUCCCUGCCAUUGGUCAAUGCUGACAUUUUGGAAAAAGCUUUAUCUCAGUGAGUCGUUGCCUUCCCCCCAAAAUAAAUUCUUUCUCAUCUAAAUUGAGUGGAAAUAUUUAAAAAAAAAAAAACAAAACUCAAACGUGUAUAUAGUUUGUUAAUAUGUUUAAUAUUUAUACAUGUAG